UGAUAGAAAGAACAGUUUUUGGCCAUAGUAGUGCAAAGUUUUGCCACCAGAAUGCUCUAGGUAUGCUCCAGUCUUCUUAACCUAAAAAUGACUGACCCUCCAGAAAAACGUGACCGGCCAAAACGUUCAUGUCAAGGCAAUCAAAACCCUCACUACGAACCAGUCAAUCUAGAUGAUUCUGAGAUUGAGGGCGCGUUAAAUGAUGAUGAUGAAGAAGGGGACUUGUUGAGACACAGAGACCGCUUUUUUGAUGUGAAUGAAGUUAUUGGAAAUUGGAGUGAUGACACCGAUGAAGACCCCACAUACGAGCCUCCCAAUGAGCCGGAUCGUAAGGAAGACACGUCAGAAGAGGAUCCACAACCAGAAGCAAUCCAGCGAAAAGAAGGAAAGAGGAAGAAGGCGCUCACUAAGAAAAAGGGAGAUGGGGCUAAGAAAUCGAGAAAAACGAAAAAAUCAGGACAAGGAUUUUUCACCCCCAUGGAGGACAGGACCAUUCAAUCCGACACCUUUGACGAUUGCUCAACCAGCAUACCUACCUAUCGACAGUGA